GUGAAACCGGAGACCUUUUGGCAUCUCAGAGGCUUAAAUAGGCCAAGGCAACCAUGCAGGUGAGCUCUAAACUCCUCCAGCCAACCAUCGUUCGUUGCACGCGCUGCGAUACGCACCACUGCCGGCAAACAAGCGCUGUCUAGCUGAUAGGCGAUACGGCUGCUGUGGCGCGAGAGAGCAGCGAUGCGGAGAGAUAGGGCCCUGACGCCGUCGCCGCGCGUCCCUACGGCCGCCGUGCGACGCGAGAGAGCAACCUUUCGGCAAAAAAGCCCCCCACGCCGUCGCCGCGCGAAAACGCCCGCGCGCGCGCAGAUCUUCGUCAAGACGCUGACGGGCAAGACCAUCACGCUGGACGUCGAGCCGUCGGACACGAUCGACAACGUGAAACAAAAAAUCCAGGACAAGGAGGGCAUCCCGCCCGACCAGCAGCGCCUGAUCUUCGCGGGCAAGCAGCUGGAAGAUGGCCGCACGUUGAGCGACUACAACAUCCAGAAGGAGUCCACGCUCCACCUCGUCUUGAGAUUGCGGGGCGGCCUCGAGAUCCUCACCUGCAAAGUGAGUGGCAAGGAGAUGUGCAGCGACGCCUUCAAGGCCGAGCCCGUGGAAGAAGCCCCGGGCAUCAUCAAGGUCCAGUCCCGCAACAUGACGGAAGGCGGCGAGGAGAUCAACACGGGCGGCAACGCCUCCGCGGAGGGCGGCGGCGAGGAGCUCGACGACAACGUGAAAAUAGUCGACGCCAUCGAGCACACGUUCCACCUCCAGGAGUACGAGAUGUCGGCCACGGCCUUGAAGACCUACCUCAAGAGUUACUACCAGGCCAUGCGCAAGGCCAAGAAGGAAGCCGGCGUGCCGCAGGACGAGAUCAAGGCCUUCAUGGCGACGGCGCCGACGGCCUGCAAGUUUUUGCUGACCAAGGUCAAGGACUGCGAGGUUUUUAUUAAUGAGGACUUCGACGACAAGGGCGCGAUCUGCCUGCGCGAGUGGGCCGAGCAGGGCAACGUCUACUACUACAUCGAGCCGGGCCUCGAGCGCGUGCGCUGCUAGAUUCUGUGUUCCUCUCGGGUAAGGUUCAUACACCUC